AUGGAAGCAGCGAGUACCUCGGGCUCUUCAGCAAAAGGAUCGACAACGGCCAGUUCAUCCACGUCCUCAUCGAGAUCGUUGGAUGGGGUCCCUUUAUCAUCUAGGGCGUCGCGAGCCGUCGAUUUAGCAGUUCUUCGUCUGCCGACAGGGAUGCACGAGAAGGUAUCUCGAUUCUGUAUGGUGCUCCGAAAUGGAUCAAACAAAGCUUAUGCAGCACUUGCGAUGGUCAACGACAAUAUAAGUAAGUUUUUGUUAGCGCAGGCUAUUGCUGAGCCUGCGCUAUUAGAGAAAGUUGUAAUCGAAGUCAAUGAACAGAUUGUAACUGUGGAGUUACUGUUUUCGCUUAUCUUUAAAAUUACUCAGCAUGUUCUCUCUGUGCUGGCUUUGCUGAGCAAGGCCCAUCGCGCUUGCUCAAUUGGCUCCAACAGUCUUGGGCACUCUAUAAAGAUGGUGUGGGCACUAAUGUCAAUGCCCGCAAGGGUAGCCAGCGGUCGCAGCGCCCGAAAAACGGAAAUGGUCAGCAAACUGCUAACGGUGGCGGCGACAGGUGUUAAGAAUGGAAAAGGGGGCGGUGGUAAGCAGCAGCAGUUCCUCUCCCAGAAGCAGUAG